AGUUUCGGGCAACUAGACAAGCCCGAACAUAAGAAGAAAGUAGGAGAAAAAUGUGGAAAUUUGCACUAAUUCCAGUAUUGUCCUUACUGGUUGUGUGGACAUGGCAAUUCUUGAACUGGGCUUGGUUCAAACCGAGGAAGACUGAGAAGUUGUUCAGGCAACAGGGAAUGAAAGGGAAUCCUUACACGUUUCUGUUCGGAGACGCCAAGGAGACAGGCCUCAUGUACGAGAAAGCCUACUCCAAACCCAUCGGUUUUAACGACGAUCUCACUCCCCGUCUCAUGCCUAACAUUCUCCACACUCUACAGAAAUACGGCAAUUACUCGUUUUCGUGGGCGGGACCAAGACCGCGUGUAUUCAUAAUGGACGUUGAUGUUGCAAGAGAAGCAAUGAACAAACACAGUUCGUACGUAAAGACAUUUAAAAUAGCUACCGAUUUAGUGAAGAUGCUAUUCGAUGGCGGCUUUGCUAUCUUGGAGGGCAAAGAAUGGAGCAAGUUCAGAUCAAAGGUCAACCCCUUUUUCAACUUGGACAAGUUAAAGCCGCUCGUUCCUGCGUUUCAAUCGUGCUCUGCUGACGUUCUAAAAGAAUGGAAUGAGAGAAUAUCAAAGGAAGGCGGCUCCGGUGUGGUUGAUGUGUUUCCUGAUCUUGAAAUCUUCACCGGGGCGAUAUUGGCGCAGUUGAUGUUUAGUUCUACUUAUACUCAGCAGAUCAAACAGACUUUCCUCCAACUGGCUGAACUUGGGACUUUGGCAAGAAUACAUUCCAAGCUAUUCAGUAUACCUGGAGAAAAGUACUUGCCGACUCAGCCGAAUAGGAGAGCCAAUGAAAUCGUCAAUUAUGCACGAGCUUCAUUUACAUCUAUGAUUAAUGAUAGACUACAGAGGAAGACUGGAGCACCAGUUAGUGGAAAAAUGGACUUGCUGGAUAUAUUGAUAGAGAAAUUGUACAAUGGAGAUGUUACAAAGAGUGAACGCCACAAGAUUAUAGAAGACGCCAUAGCCGAGUGCAAGACGUUUUUCUUUGCAGGUUUCGAAACCAGCUCUACUCUCUUGACUUGGACCAUACUCAUGCUUGCAUAUCACCAAGACUGGCAAGCUCGCGCUAGAGAAGAGGUUUUUCAAGUGUUGGGCGAUAAGAAAGACAUCACUUCUGAUGACUUGGGCAAGCUAAAAAUUGUAACGAUGAUCAUAAACGAGGUCUUACGUUUGUACCCACCGGUGAUUGAACUGUCGAGAGUGGUCAAAGAAGAAUCAAAGAUAAAGGACUACACAAUACCAAAGGAUGCAUUGGUCACAUUUCCGGUGCUUAUGUAUCAUCGGAGCACUAAAAUCUGGGGUGAGGAUGCUGGAGAAUUCAAUCCACAAAGGUUUGCUGACGGAGUGCUGAAGGCAGCUAAUGGGGAGGCGGCAUUCAUGCCCUUCGGUUGGGGUCCUCGGAUUUGCAUUGGGAUGAACUUCGCCAUAUUGGAGAGUAAAACGUUCAUGGCAAUGCUUCUGCGCGAGUUCUCCUUUGAGUUUUCCCCGACUUAUACGCACUCCCCAGUGGUUGCUUUCACUAUUCAACCGCAGUUGGGCGCUCCCGUCGUGAUGAAGAAGCUCUAACUUAGCUACACACCCUUGCAUUUCAUUACAUGUUGAUCAAAUUCUAGUGUUUGUGUAAUAUGUCUCGUCUCCUCUGAAUAAUGUCUUGAGCUGAUGAUAAUGCACACAAGGAAUCUUUCAUCCUUUUCACUUUAGAAAAAAACAAACAAACAUCUUUUGCGAUUUA